UCCCCGGGUCAGUCCCCGCGGCUGUAUAGAGGAGCAGUGUACGGUGUACGGGGAGCUCCGCCAGUCCCGGGAUCCAAGCCGUACCGGAGCCGUCCUUCCCUCACCCCCCGACACAGCCCCGAGGAGGCCGCCGCCACCCCCCAGCCCCCCUCCGCUCCUCCUCCCACCGGAGACACAAACUUGCCGAGCUCGGGGAUCCUUCAGCAGGCAGCGGGAACUUUCCCAGGGCUGGCCCGGCAUGGCUCCGUGUGUACCGGGUACCGGAGGAUCGUACUGAGGGGGAUGAGGAUCCGUGUGGAGAGCCGCCGAGCCUGAGCCGUGCCGGAUACAUCGUACACCCAGGAGCCGGCCACCCAUCACCCUACACCGGGGAAGCAGCAUGGCCACCCCCGGCACCGGGAUCCUGCUCGUCACCGCCAACGUGGGGACCCUCUUCGAUGAUACAGAAAAUUUACAAAAGAAUUGGCUGCGAGAAUUUUAUCAGACUGUGCAUGCACAGAAGCCUCAGUUUUUAUCAUUGCACUGUCAGGAAGUCGGUGGGAAGAAUUAUGAAGCGUCUAUGUCUCACGUGGACAAACUGGUCAAAGAUCUGCUUUCGAGUGAUGCCAUGAAAGAGUACAACCGAGCUCGAGUUUACCUGGAUGAGAAUUACAAAUCACAGGAAAAUUUCACGGCACUGGGAAGCUUUUACUUUCUUCACGAGUCAUUAAAGAACGUUUAUCAGUAUGACUUUAAAGCAAAAAAGUACAGAAAAGUUACAGGGAAAGAGAUCUAUUCAGACACAUUAGAAAGCACGCCAAUGCUGGAGAAAGAAAAAUUUCCACAAGAGUUCUUCCCAGAGAGCAAAUCAUCUAGGAAAGGCUUUAUUCGAACGCGGUGGUGUAUUACAGACUGUGCCUUUGAUUUGGUGAACAUUCAUCUUUUUCACGAUGCUUCCAAUUUAAUUGCGUGGGAAUCUAGCCCAUCCACCUACUCAGGAAUACGGCAGAAGGCUCUAAGUUAUGUUUUAAAUAGUAUUACUGAUCAUCGAUAUGAAAAAAUUCCUUACUUUGUCUUUGGAGAUUUUAACUUUCGACUGGAUUUGAAGUCGGUAGUAGAGACACUUUGUGCAAAAACUACAAUGCAAACUGUACACGCGCCUGACAACAAUACGAUAGACAAGCUGAUAUUUCGUGAAUCCGAGAAUGAUCACAAGGUAGUGCUACAAAUAGAAAAGAAAUUAUUUGAUUUUUUUAAUCAAGAUGUUUUUAGAGAUAACAGUGGCACUGCGCUUUUAGAGUUUGACAAAGAGUUAUCAGUCUUUAAAGACAGAUUAUAUGAACUGGACAUCACAUUUUCUCCCAGUUAUCCAUACAGUGAAGACAGCAGUCAGGGGAAGCAAUACAUGAAUACACGAUGUCCAGCGUGGUGCGAUCGAAUUCUAAUGUCACACUCUGCUAAAGAACUUCUUUUAAAGUCUGAAAAUGAUGAAAGAAUAGUGAUGUAUGACAGCAUUGGGCCAAAUAUCUGUAUGGGGGACCACAAGCCUGUCUUCCUGUCCUUCCGAUUAGCCGCUGGGGCAGGUAAAGCUAAUGCACAUGUGCACAAGUGUUGUAUCGUGCAGUGAUGUGGUGGGAAGAGAUGCCAGCCAAGUGAAAAGAUCUAUCGGGAGACCACGCUGUGAGGAUGUCCACCUGCAGUAUAGCAAUCUCCUCCAUUUUAGAACCACACCGAUAAAAUUAUGGUCCUCACAGCCCAUUUUGUACAUUAUGGAUCAUCUACUAGGCUUCAUCUUCCCAAAAAUCUCACAUACCUCACUUUCCUGUAGAGCAUCCAGUAGAAACAUGGAUACAUGUAUAUAUUUUUUACAUCACUGUUGUGUUGCCAAAACGCUACCAGACCAUACAUAUCAUAAAUUCCUGUUUUGUCUUACCAAGGGCAUGAGACAAAACUGGAGACGUAAUCAUGGGCAGGUUUCUCUGCGCAGCAUCUCUGUUGUGGGGGGGGGGGGGUUUAUCAGCCUCUGGGAUCAUCCACAGCUCUGCUGUCCACCUUCAGUAUUUCAAGGGUGACCCCUACACUGCUGGAGGAAGUAUUAUUUCCAAGCUCUGCCCACUAAAAGCUGAUGGAACUCAACAAAAGGAGCCUCUCAUCAAUCUACUCACAUUUUCCUGCAUUUUUUUUUUCUUAAAGACUGAAACUCUAAUGCAGUUGUAAAGGCGCACGAAGCCCGACGCAACAUGGGGGGGAAGUUUACUAUUAGCAUUCAAGAUAUUGAUGGUUUUAUCAUGUGUUUUCAAUGUUGACCGAGGCCUGUAUCCCUAACAUUAGGCUAGCUAGGGGUGUAGCCACUAAAGUGCAAUAAUCAUGAUCAUCUUUUAGUGACCUGUCUGAUCAAUAGCCAUUACUGAACGUCAAUGAAUAGCACACGCUAGAUAGAAAACCCCAGUCCUUAUCCCUCUUCCUCCCCCUGUUUUUAGUGUUUUAAAAGGAUUUACUACACUGCCAUAUAACAUGGUUUGUUUGUGUAUUUCAAGUCACACAGCAGCUGCUUUUCAUUUUUAUAUAUAUAAUAUAUAAAUAUAAAAAAUAUAUACUUUUUAAAAAUAAUUUAUAAAUCUUACCAAGAUCUAUGCUAAGUAUUCCUUUCAGUACUGGCGUUAUGUGCCAUAUCAGUAAUGAGCAUUCAGGAGUAGUUUUAGAUAUAUGUACAUCAGCAACCAAAAUUUCUAUGCGUAAUCUUUUUUGUGUUGUCCUCCUUGAUACAGAAAACACCGUCAAUACAAUACAUAUAUAUAUAGUAGCAGUUUUCACUUUAAUACUCUUGUAAUAAAUUAUUUGUAUGUGAUAUUAGGACUGAAUGUGAAGUUUCGAGGUAGGAUUGGGUGUAUCUUUUAAGGGUUUUGUAAACUAUUUUAUUAUUUUUUAUUUUUUUUUGGUCUGUCUUUUGUUACUGUAUCAUGGUGCCAAUUACUCUAUACCCCAGUAAAGAGAUGGGAGACAUAUCAUAUAUAUAUAUAGAUAAUCUAGAAUAGCCGAAUACAGAUAGAACCUAGUUUUAGAACAAGUGUGUUCAAAGAAUAUAUCUAUUUUUUUUUUUUCCUAGAAAAGGAAAGACUUGUUGCUGUUGGCAGGUACCCCAGAGUACAACAUUAAAAGGUGAUUAAAGAGUCUGUUGAUGAAACACAAAUGUUUCUAAUAUUGAUUUACUUCAGAACACUACAGAGUUCAUGGACUAUGCGAUUUGCAUUAGGUUGAGACUCAUAUUUUUGUUUCUAAAUCACUACGUUUCAGAAAUUAUUUUAUCUCUGCUUGCAGAAUCUGACUUUGGCGGCUGCACAGUAGUUGCUCCGUACAAGGCUGACGCUGCGUUAUGUUAGUGUGCCAUGUCUGCUGUAAUCUUUUCACAAGACUGUGUUCAUGCAAAUGGAAAUUCCACUUAUGGUUGUCUUAGAAUCGCCUUUAAACAACCUGGGCUAUCUGGUUCUCAACUUCAAGCAAUAAACUGUUCGUUGUGGCAAUCUUA